CAAAGGAAGUCUCUUUCUUCUCUUCUCCCAACCAGAAGCUUUGCCCAAAGCUUUCUUAGCGUCUUCCAUCGUCCUUUGAGAGAGAAAAGAGGACAGAGGAGAGAGAGAGGCGAGAGAAGAGAAGAUGGGGAGGGGGAGGGUGGAGCUGAAGAGGAUCGAGAACAAGAUCAAUCGCCAGGUGACCUUCGCGAAGCGGCGGAACGGACUCCUCAAGAAAGCCUACGAGCUCUCCGUGCUCUGCGACGCCGAGGUCGCCCUAAUCAUCUUCUCCAACCGCGGGAAGCUCUAUGAGUUCUGCAGCAGCUCCAGUAUGUUGAAGACACUUGAAAGGUACCAAAAAUGCAACUAUGGCGCACCAGAGACUAAUAUUGUGUCAAGAGAAACUCAGAGUAGUCAGCAGGAGUAUUUGAAACUUAAAGCACGUGUUGAAGCAUUACAGAGAUCACAGAGAAAUCUCCUUGGUGAGGACUUGGGGCCACUCAGCAGCAAGGAGCUUGAGCAGCUUGAGCGGCAACUAGAUGCAUCAUUGAAGCAAAUCAGAUCAACAAGGACCCAAUACAUGCUCGAUCAGCUUGCAGAUCUUCAACGAAGGGUAUGGUUAAUGCAAUCAAACAGCUUUAAAAAGCACCUUUUUUUCAUUCCACCAUUUCCUUCCUACUACCAUUGUUCUUUCUUGCAGGAACAAAUGCUCUGUGAGGCCAACAAAAGUCUAAAGCGAAGGCUGGAGGAAAGCAACCAGGCUACUCAGCAGCAAGUUUGGGAUCCCAAUGCUCAUGCAGUGGGCUAUGGCCGGCAGCCGCCACAACCACAGGGAGAUGGAUUCUACCAACCGAUAGAGUGCGAACCAACUCUCCAUAUCGGGUAUCAUCCAGAACAAAUAACGAUUGCUGCAGCGCCUGGCCCAAGUGUGAGUAAUUACAUGCCAGGAUGGCUUGCCUGAGGACAGAUAAUUGAUUUACCUCUGCUUGUGUCCUCGGGGCAUGUUGUGUGUUAUAUGACAAUAGACACUUGCACUCCAUGUCUUGAUUGUAAUGAUCUGUAAUUGGUAACUUCCGUUGUUUCUAGUAAGACAAUAUUGUCUACAAACCUAUUCUAUAAAAACUCCCUGAAAUGGAGCUAUUCUGCUACUGUAUCCGAGAUUUUUUGUUCCCAGAUUCAUGCUUAAUUUUCUA